UAACUAAUUUAAAAAAAAAAUUUGAAAUCAAUUGUCGCCGUCCUCGUUUCAUCGCUUCUUCUUCUCCUCAUCGCUGUCUUUCGUCGUCGUCGUCUCUCCGUCGUUGUCGUCGUCGUCUCUCCGUCGUCGUCUCUCCGUCGUUGUCGUCAUCGUCUCUCCGUCGUCGUCGUCGUCUUCGCCUCUCCGUUGAUCCGUCGUCGUCGUCUCUCCGUUUAUUUAUCGUCGUCGUUGUCGUUUCUCAAUUGAUCUGUCGUUUCUACGUCUAUUCAUCUCAUUCUCUCUCUCGUGUGUCUGAUUUGAUUAAGGUUUGAAUCAUUUCAUUUUGUUAUACAUUAUCUAGGUUUUGUUAUAUAUUAUUCAUUUGUUGAUGAAUUGAAGUUGAUUUUGUAGAACAAUGGAAGUUUUGUGCAUCUGUGGACAAUGGAUCUCAAAAGAAUCUCUCCGGUGGGAGUUUCUUGUUGAUUUGAAGAGGAAUGCAUCAAUCAUUUCCAUAGAAGAAGAUCUACUGUAUGAAGAUUUGAUGAAGAUUGUCUCUGAAGAUUUUAGUGUUAAAGAGGAAGAAAUCAGUUUGAGUUAUGGUUUUUCAUUGGAUAUGAAAUGUAUUAUUGAAAGUUUCCCCCCACUCUCGAUAGGUAAUACUCGUCAGCUCAGAACUUUCAUUUCCAAGACUAGAGCAUUUGAUGGAACCUGUCGUUUGUGUGUUAAGGUUAGUACUGAUCCAGCUAGCUGUAACACUCAAGCUUCUGAUACAUUUGCUUCUACUGUUCCAUUGAAUGCCAAUCCAGCGAUUCUUUCUACUGUGCAGAGUGAAAAACAGGUACAUUGUCCUUAAUUCUCUUUUUCUGUUUGUGUUUGCAUGAUAUGCUUCAUAAUCAAGUAUUAUGCCUUACAGAACUACUUGACUUUUGCAGAGUCUUCUAUAUGAAGGUGUUUCUACAGUUCCUCUGAAUGCUCUUCCUGAUUCAGCUAGCUGUAACACUCAAGCUUCUGAUACAUUUGCUUCUACUGUUCCAUUGAAUGCUAAUCCAGUGAUUCUUUCUACUGUGCAGAGUGAAAAACAGGUACAUUGUCCCUAAUUUCCUUUUUCUGUUUGUGUUUGCAUGAUAUGCUUCAUAAUCAAGUAUUAUGCCUUACAAAACUACUUGACUUUUGCAGAGUCUUCUAUAUGAAGGUGUUUCUACAGUUCCUCUGAAUGCUCUUCCGGAUUUUAGCCCUGUCCAUAUUGGACUUUCACCAACCACGAGAGGAGUUGGCGAUAUUAAGGUGAAUAGCUAUUUUAA